AUGGCCCAUGUGAGAAGCAUCGUAGACUGUUGGACCGCAAUUGUACCAUUUCACGAGACCUUGAGGACUGGCCUAGGAUUGGUUGGGGCGGGUGGAAACCAUUUUGUCGUCUCUGUAGACAUCGGAGACACGUAUAAUGUUCUAGAGGAGAGAAUGAGUCGUCGUGGUAGACGAGCAAGCAUGCCACUAACAAAGCAGGGCUACGACGAAGACGAUUACAUGAACGAGGAUUAUUCUGACGGAGAUAUCGAGUUAGGAUACGAAGAUGAUGACGCGAAUGGAGAUGUCGCCAACGAAGAAGCAGACUUCGAAGUUGUUCCCGAGAAAGAUAAAGUCAAGUCCUAUGAGGUGGAGUCUACUAGCCUCAGUGUAACUGAGGUCCAGAAGCGCAUGCGAGACAGCAUCGAACAUGUAGUCUCUAUCUUCGGGUUAGAGCCGGAUUCCGCGCGCAUGCUGUUGAGAGAGUACGGCUGGAACACGGAACGUCUCAUUGAUAAAUACAUGGAUAGUCCUACCAAAGUCGCCGUGAAAGCUGGCAUACAACGCGAGGCAUCCAUAGGGCAACAGUCCGUCAACUCGGCUGUAGAGCCACAAGCCAACCGACGGUCUACUCGCAGGAGCACGCUACCUACUCCUGCUGCUGCUGGCGAAACCAAUACUGCAGCAACUGCUGGGCUUCAUACAUUGAAGGCAAAGUACGCGAGGAAGGAGAAUGUACAAUCCGUUGCAUGGAGAGUGGAUGCAUUUUGUUGGUUCCCGAUAGCUUCAUCAAGGAGCACACUUCUGAAAAGGUGUAUACCCGGUUCGAGGAGCUCGUGUUACGGCAUUAUGUAUCCCACAUUCACAACCUCAAAUUCUAUUCAGACCAUAGACCUGUGCUGUGUGGAGUCGCUCGGCUAUGGCUCAAGAAAUGCCAGGAUGACAGCGAGACUGCCAAUUGGAUCAAGACCAAUACUAAGGAAUGUUCGAAGUGCCAAA